AUGUUCUCUCGAUCCAUCUUACGCUCUGUCACCUCAGCUCGUCUCUCACCAUCCACUCCAUUCGUCAAAUCGUUCUCUUCAACAGCUGCAAUCAUGGUCAAACAAGGCGAUUCCAUCCCUAACAUCGACCUCUUUGAGGAUUCACCAGGCAACAAGGUCAACCUUUCCAAAGAGCUUAGCUCCGGCAAAGGUCUCGUCAUUGGUGUCCCGGCCGCAUUCUCUCCCGCCUGUUCCGAUACCCACGUCCCAGGCUACAUUGCCAGUGACAAGCUCAAGAGUGCUGGAAAGGUCUUUGUCGUCUCUGUCAACGAUGCAUUCGUCAUGAAGGCCUGGGGAAAGAACUUGGACGAGUCCAAGAGCAGUGGCAUCCGAUUCCUCGCUGACCCUGCCGGCGACUUCACUCGAGCUUGGGAUGUUGAGUUCGAUGCUGCAAAGAUCUUGGGCAACAACCGGAGCAAGCGUUACGCUGUCGCGACCGAGGACGGAAAGGUUGUCAAGGUUGCUGUCGAGCCUGACAACACUGGUGUCACCAUCUCUGCGGCCGAGGCCAUGUUGUAA